GACAAUAAGGAGUGAGAGCGAGGAUCGCAGCAACCAGAGGACUUGCGGGGAGCAACAGCUGGUGAAUGAGAUGCAUUUCCUUUUUGAAACAUCCAGCGAGCAGAGGGAUCUUGGAGCUUUCUCAGAGCCAGGCAAGCCCCGGGCAGAUUAUGGGUGGUGAGUGUACUCUGCAGAGGGAGUCCUGCUUCCUUAAGGGAGCAAAAUAUAUAUAUAUAUUGAUGCUGGAUGGAAAGAUGGAAAAAAUUGAAAGAUGGAAAUUCAGCAAUCAGAUUUGCUACUAGUUUCCAUCCAGAUUUUGCUUUCCAAGGCUGGACACACAGACCUGGAGCUACUUUAAUUAUAGCACAAAGCAGGAAACUAUAACAUCUCUCAGUAAACUCUGGGAGUUAACUAAUAAGGGGUAAGGAGGCUGUUCAGCAAGGGGAACAAUGUGUGAUAGCGUUGGGUCCCGGGAGUAAUUCUGCUUUUCCCUGCACUUUCAGACAAAAUAGAUCUGCCUCCAGUUCUGCUGCUACCAGGAGCUCUGUGGCUGUGCUGGGGACAGCUUCCUCACGCCCCGAGGAGGACCAAGUGCUGCAGGGCCAAGACUUGUUGGGCCCCUGCCUUGCUGAGCCCUUCUCAUGGCACAGCUCCCCAAUGACUCCUGGCAGAACAACUCAGCCCCUCUCUUCACAGGCCUUGACCUCUUGCUGGAGCUUAAGCCACUCUUCAUCCCUCUCUACGCCACCCUGGUGGCUGUGGCGUGCACGGGGAACCUCUUCCUCAUCCUCCUCAUCGCUCUCACCAAAAAGCUGCACUGCACCACCAAUUUCCUCAUCGGCAACCUGGCAGCAGCUGACUUUGUCAUGUGCCUGGCCUGCGUCCCUCUGACCGUCUCCUAUGCCUUCGAGGUGCGGGGUUGGCUCUUCGGGAUGUUCAUGUGCUACUUUGUCACCCUGAUGCAGGCCACCACCGUGUUUGUCUCAGUGCUGUCCCUCACCGCCAUCGCCAUUGACCGCUACAUCGUCGUGGCCUACCCCAUCCACCGGAGGAUAAGCCGCAAGUCCUGCGUCUGUGUCGUGGCCUGCAUCUGGCUUCUCUCCAUCCUGGCCUCUGUUCCAACCUCGCUGCACACGCAAUACUUGGAUCUCAACGCCAUCGGCCACGACAUGAUCAUCUGUGAGGAGUUUUGGAAGCACAAGGAGAGGGAGCGGCUGCUGUACUCAUGCCUGAUGCUCCUCUUGUCCUACAUGCUCCCGCUGCUGGCGGUGUCAGUCUCCUUCUGUGCCAUCUCCUAUCACCUGCAGAGGAGGAACAUCCCAGGAGCUGCCUACCCGGGCCGAGACAAAUGGAGCAAAACGAAGCAGAAGACUUUCCGGGUGCUCACCGUCUCGGUGGUUUGCUUUGCGGUCUGCUGGCUGCCCCUCCAGGUGGUCAACUUCAUCAGAGACAUUGAUGAGGAGUUCACCAUCCUGGACAAGAGAUACGUGAACGUCAUCCAGGUCUCAUGCCACCUGAUUGCCAUGAGCUCCGCCUGCUACAACCCCUUCAUCUACGCCUCCCUCCAUGACAAGUUCCGCUUCCACCUCAGCAGUUAUUUCUACCGCAAGAAGAAGAGCUCCAGCAUCGUGUCCUACAAAGCUUCUCGGUUCAACACCUGCUCCACCCUGGCAGAUGCCCCAGCCGGGCUCUCGGAUAAGAUAGCUUUGCAAACCAGGUUCUCUUAGCUGAACUUCCCCUACAGGCUUGCUCUUGGGCCUGGAUGUAGACGCUUGUGCUUGGCAAGGAGAGCAAGCACCACAGAACCAAGUGAUGGGAUGUCAGUCCUCAAGUAGCAGCUCUUCUGAGCAGCUCAAGGACAUUUUAUUCCUUGACACAGAGCACACCAGGGCACCAACAACAAACACCACAACCAUGUGAAAAUAGAGUAAUCUUGAGCAGGAUUUACCUGCUAGCCCCCAUAGAGACACAGUGGGUACUGGUGGGUGCUCCCACCUGGUCUGACUCAAGAAUCAGUGUCAGUGAAACAGCUUUCACUUGCCUUGUUGAAAUAGAACAACGUACAUAUAUCUGGAUUAACGACUGGGUGUAUAAUUGGUGUGAUGUAGUGUUCCAUAAGCCCCAGUUUGCAGAAAUGCCUACACAUACACUGACACAGUCAAAAUCUGCCUCAGUAUGAGUGCUUGCUUUGUGUGCAAGGAAGAAUGUUUGUGCUGUACCACUGGUUGUGCAGCAAGGCUGGGAAUGGGGUAUAUACACGCCCUAGAUCUCCAGCCACAGCUGACUAUGCCAGGGGACUGGUGCUGUAUUUGCAGCACAAAGACGUCUCCUUGUGGUAUGUAUAGGGAUAGGCAAGAUGUUGAGUGCAUUUAAAGAAGUCUUUGGAGUACACAUUGUCAUUUUGUAGAAUAAAGAUUGUUCCUAAGCAACAGAUAGCAUUUUUCUGCCUCUGGAGGAACACCAGCUUUCUCAGGCAGCACUUAAAGAUCUGUCCAUUUUUUCGUUUAAAUUGCAGUCCAUUGGUGAAAGGACAAUAUACAUUCAGAAGUGUGCGUUCUUCUGCCAGCUAGCAUGCAGGGCUCACCGCCACAGCUUGUGUUGAGUGUGGGGACACUUCCAUCAUCUACUUGUCUUUCUGAGUAACCUCAUCUGUGUAACCUCGUUGGAUAGUCCCAGUUUCUCCAGCCAGAAGUGUGCAGCCAAACAAGAUGAGGCAGACAGGGUUCAAAGGAAUGGAAUAGGUGAUAAGAAAGGUAUCAAGUUGUGUGUUUGCUGAGGAAGAAGUCCUCAAUCUCCAUUCAGAGUUGUUUAAGACGGUAUAUGCUCUUCUUGGGCAGAGGUAGGAAUCCUGCUCAUGGGCUACCCCAAAACUGCUGCAUAAAUUGUGGGUUGCACUCUGGUGUCUCCAGAUGCUGGUUGGACCUUAAGAGCCUUAGGCAACAACCUGCUGUUGGAUCACCUUACUGCUGAGACCUUCAUGGGUCCCAAUGGCCAUUCUGGAACAGGAGACAGAAACCCAUCAAACACAACACAGCUCACUCUGUUGGCUUCUUGCAGCUUUCUUGUGGCUACAUAGGGUUGUGCUUAGGACUGAGGCUGAAGUAUUUGUGCUGGAGGAGCAAAGCCCAGGUCUCUCCUUGUCCCUUCUGCUAAUAAAGGCUUUAAAAAGCUCAGGCUGUUGUUUG